GUGUCUGUGCAUCAUAACAAGACCUGUAUACACUCCACGCCCUAGUACAUAGAUACAAUAUCCCGGCCUCUACUCUAGCCUUGCUCAGUAUAUCUAAUAUUGCUCGCCAUGCCUCCAGCAGCUCGUAACCUCCGGCAGCGUGCCGUCACCAACGAGAACGAUGAGAACGUAGGCACACAGCGGUUGACGCGUGCAAAGUCAGCCGCCAUGGACUCAGUUGGUGACGUGCCCAAAAAGACGCAGGCUUUGACCACCAAGAAGUCCCAAUCUGCACUCGCACCCGCCGGUCAGGCUCGGAAGCGUGUAGCACUGGGUGACCGGACCAACUCGAUCAAGACCGAGGGCGUCGGCGCUGGCGCAAAGGACGCGAAGGAUAACAAGAAGCCCUCUGUGGCCAAGAGCGCACUGGCACAAGCAGCACACCCGACCAAGGUCACCAAGAGCUCUCAGACCAAGCAAGCGCGUUCCGUACUCGCUCCUAAAGAGAAGAACGUCAACUCCUCCGGCUCAAAGCGCCCAGCACCUGGCUCUGGCAUUGCUGGCCCGACCAAGAAGCGCCAGCACAUCGCGCCCGACUCUGUGAAGGAAGACCCUGAAGAAGAGGAGAACAUUGAGCCUCCCACGAAUGUCAAGACUGAGGAAAGCAAGGCCGCCCCAAAGACAAAGGAAGUUCCCGUUGCUGUCCCGGAGCCCGUCGUUGAGCCGGAAGAAAAGAUUCCAGAUCUCGAUAUUGAGGAUGUCGAUGACCCGCUCAUGGUCUCGGAGUACGUCGGUGAGAUCUUCGAGUACCUGAAGGAGCUUGAGAUCUCCACCAUGGCCAACCCCGACUACAUGGACAACCAGAACGAGCUCGAGUGGAAGAUGCGCGGUAUUCUCGUCGACUGGUUGCUUGAAGUCCAUACCCGCUUCCGUCUCCUGCCAGAGACGCUCUUCCUCGCCGUCAACAUCAUCGACCGCUUCUUGUCUACCAAGAUUGUUCAGCUGGACCGUCUCCAGCUCGUUGGAGUCACCGCCAUGUUCAUCGCGUCCAAGUACGAGGAGGUCCUGUCGCCACAUGUGCAGAACUUCCGACAUGUUGCAGACGAUGGCUUUACGGAGGAGGAGAUCCUGAGUGCGGAGCGCUUCGUCCUUUCAGCCCUCGACUACGACCUGAGCUAUCCCAACCCGAUGAACUUCCUCCGUCGGAUAUCAAAGGCAGACAACUACGACAUCCAGACCCGUACUCUUGGCAAGUACUUGCUCGAGAUUGGAUGCUUGGACCACCGUUUCAUUGCCCACCCCCCUAGCCAGGUCGCCGCCGCCGCCAUGUACCUCUCGCGACUCGUACUUGACCGCGGCCCAUGGGAUGCGACUCUAUCGUAUUACGCUGGCUACACCGAGGAGGAGAUCCAGCCCGUCCUCGAGCUCAUGAUCGACUACCUGUCCGGUCCCGUUCUCCACGAGGCCUUCUUUAAGAAGUACGCUAGCAAGAAGUUCAUGAAGGCCUCUAUUGUACUGCGCUCAUGGUGUAAGAAGUAUGUUGCCCAGUACGGCAACGCCCUGCAAGACAGCUCCUCGAAGGCAUGAGCCACCGCUGAGCUCGUGUGGGCAUGCUAGUCGUCCCGCAUGAUCCAGCAUGUUGCAGCACCCGGUAUACCUUCGCACCUCUUCGGCCCUAGGAAGCUUCACUACAACCAACCGGCAUUGUGCUGUGGUUGCACCGCUCCCUACCAUGCUUGCAUUUUGGCCAUCUCUUA